AUGGACCCCCUUUCUGUAGCCGCUUCUUUAGCUGGUCUCAUCACAAUAUCAACUCAGAUUGUCAAUAUUAUUCACACCAUAAAAUCAAAAAAUAAUAAAGAGCUGGACGCGCUCUCCAGGGAGAUUCACGCCGUGAGAGGAAUCCUGUCCCAAAUUCAACAAAUUGUUCAAUUCCAAUCCGCCAAACCCGCCAAGAACUCAGAAUGGCUCGACGCACUCAACGCUACGUUGGAUGAUUGUGGUGAUACGUACCUACAGCUGCAAAAGUCUUUGCAAUCACUGGUGUCGAGCUCAAGACUCGAGGCACUCAAGAAGAGAGUCAAAUGGACGCUCAAAGAGAAGGACAUCCAAGAUUCCUUGAGGAAAAUUGAGAGCUAUAAGCUUUCGUUGGACCUGUUAUUGUCUAUACAAACCAGUACUACGACGACGAGCAUUGAAGAUGUGAUGGUUCAACUCCAAAAGAAGUUACGACUCACAGCCCCCGCUACUGCCACGACUCGGACACCGUUAUCAUGGAGAAAGAAACUAGCGGGCUUCGGGGCAGAUCAUCCACCUCCUCGGGUAAGCCAUUCUGAAGACACACAGUCAGAUGCAGACAGCUUGACAGACGAUGUUUCAUACAUCAUUCCCGGGCCAAAUACUACCGAGUGGACGAAUCCUGGGAUCUUCGGAAUAAGUCAGGACGAAGGCAAAGAUGCCCCUGAUCUCAACAGCCCCGGACUUGUUUGUAUUUGUGAAAUAUCCGUUGGACAGAAGAAAAUCAGCCUCCUCUGUAGCUGGGAGAGACACCCGGCGAAUGAAAUGCUCACUCCUCUUCGAGCACAUAUUUUGUUCCAAGGCCCCACACCUGGAGAUUUGUACUUCAUACAGCUGGAAGAGUCUUUGAUGGUAGAACCGAUCGAGCGAUUGGUUGUCCCUGUAGGAAAAUGCAGUCUUAUCAUUGCGCAAUGCAACCUCAAGGAUGCUGUUUGUGCUCUGAGUGAGCUUGACACAUGCGAUGAUAACGAGGAGUUCAAUCUUGCGCUUGGAGACUUUGCAUUGAAAUCCAGCAAAAAUUCUCAACAGGUGCUCGUAAAUUUUCACAAUUUCCAAGAUCGGGAGAAAUUCUUGGGCCAUCUAGAUGGUGCCAGAUACCUUCAGCGCAUGGAUCUUGCGUUUGCCAUGUCAAAUCAGUUCUAUCAUCAUUCACUAUAUCAAAAAAGGAUUCAAAGCGUGCAAGUAGGUUACACGGAUGGCACCGAGAAGUCAUAUAUCUAUCCAUAUUUAUACCUCGAUUAUCCUGUCGAGGGCAGAUCUCUCAUGCUUGUUUGUGGAACCAAACCAAAUAAUGAGAAGUCGAUAGUAUUCAAGGAAAACAUGCUUGAGCUAGAUAUCCAGAUCGUGGGGUCUGAAGCGCUCGUCUUCACAAAUCGGGACGGGGAAGCCAUACAUACCAUAUCAGCAACUCUAAGCUCUCUAAGCGAGCUGUUCGAAUUGUAUCACCGCCUGCAAGAUGCCGUCAGACAAUGGAGAUCAAUCGAAGCACAAGGGGUCGAUAAAUUCGAGACUAAAGCCGAAUGGGUGGUUGACAAUCUUGAAUUUCUGAAGGAUUCUGUAGCUACCACUAACUCUUUUUAUGAUGUUCUCGUUAACGUUCAAGUGGAUCGCUUCCUCAAGCGAAUGAAGCUGGAAAUUUCGAAAAAGGAUUCACAGGAAAUAUUGGCCUCCUGUCACGUUAUGACUUCGUCUAUUCUGCUCUACAAAGAGCACUUCAGAAAAGAGUCGCCGGACUUCUUUAUUGAUCCCGUCAUGCAAACUGGUUUCUGGGACUUGACAAACGGCCCCGCUACGGCUGACAGAUUCCAGGCAGGACAGGUAAAGAUAAAUGGCGCCAAAGCAAAGGAGAUAUGUGACGAGCUAGAAGAUAUCGUGGAAAGUUGCAUGGAGAAUACCGAGGAUGCACAGAAGAGAUUUUUGAAAGCGCUUGGUCAAGCAUGA